AGCGCAGCAGGAGGCGCGGCCGGCGGCCCAGGCCCCCAAGAAGGAGGCGCCGGAGUUCUCUGGUCUCCAGAACCAGAUGCAGGCCCUGGACAAAAGGCUGGUGGAGGUCCGGGAAUCCUUGACUCAUCUCAGGAGGAGGCAGGCGCAACAGGAGGCAGAGGGAAGGGGCGCCGAGCAAGAGGCCGGCCUCAGGCUAGCCAAGCUGACCGACUUGCUGCAGCAGGGCCGGGAGGUGGCCUGCGGCGCCCUGCAGAAAAACCAGGAGGACAGCACGAGGGUGGACCUGGAGGUGGCCAGGAUGCAGGCCCAGGUGACCAAGCUCGGCGAAGAGGUGAGCCUGCGCUUCCUGAAGAGGGAGGCCAAGCUGUGCGGCUUCCUGCAGAAGAGCUUCCGGGCCCUGGAGAAGAGAAUGAAGGCCUCGGAGAGCUCGCGGCUGAGGCUGGAGGGCAGCCUGCGGGGCGAGCUGGAGAGCCGGUGGGAGAAGCUUCGGAGGCUGAUGGAGGAGCGCCUGCGGGCCCUGCAGGGGCAGCAUGAGGAGAGCCACCUCCUGGAGCAGUGCCAGGGCCUGGAUGCCGCCGUGGCCCAGCUGACCAAGUUCGUGCAGCAGAACCAGGCAUCGCUGAACUGCGUCCUGCUGGCCGAGGAGAAGGCCUGGUGGGUGUCCUGGGGCCUCAGGGAUGCCAAGGGGCGCUUGGAGGAGAGCGGGGCUGGGGAGCUGGCCGCCUGUGUGCAGGAGAACCUGGAGGCCGCACAGCUGGCCGGCGAGCUGGCCCGGCAGGAGAUGCAUGGCGAGCUGGCGCUGCUCCGAGAGAAGAGCCAGGCUCUGGAGGCAUGGGUGGCGCAGCUGGCCAGGCAGCUAAAGGAGCUGAGUGGACAUCUCCCGGCUCUGAGCAGCCGGUUCCAUCUGCAGAAGCAGAUGCUGUGUCUCAGGCUGUCCGAGGCAAAGACCGAAUGGGAAGGUGCAGAGAGGAAGUCCCUGGAGGACCUGGCCAGGUGGCGGAAGGAGGUCGCCGCACACCUGCGAGGGGUGCGGGAGAAGGUGGAUGGCCUCCCCCAGCAGAUAGAGAGUGUCUCCGACAAGUGCCUGCUUCAUAAGAGUGACUCAGACCUCAGGAUUUCCGCUGAAGGCAAAGCCAGGGAGUCUGAGGUUGGGGCCAUGCGGCAGGAGCUGGCCACGCUGCUGUCAUCCGUGCGGCUGCUAAAGGAAGACAGCCCUGGGCGGAAGAUCGUGGAGAUGCAGGGCAAGCUGACCACGUUUCAGAACCAAAUAAUGAAGCUGGAAAACUGCGUCCAGGCCAACAAGACCAUUCAGAACCUCAGGUUCAACACUGCGGCCCGGCUGCGCACGCAGGAGAUGGCCGCCCUGCGGGAGAGUGUGCUGCGGCUGCGGAGUGAGGAGGGCCCGCGGAUGCCGUUGGGCAGCUGGAAGGCGCUCCCAUCCCUGGCGAGGCCGCGGGUCUUCAUCAAGGACACGGCGCCUGGCAAGGUGGUGCCUGUGAACUGCUGGGGCGUGCACCAGGCCGUGAGGUGGCUGCGGUGGAAGGCGUCCCUCAUAAAGCUCAGGGCCCCGCGGAGGCCAGGAGGGGUCCCAGAGAAACCCCACAGCCAGGAGCAGAUGCCGCUGCUCACACCCUCGCUCUUCAUCCAGAAAUAAACGUGCCGGCUUUGCACU